AUGGCGGCGGUGUCGGGGGGCGGCGGGAGCGGCGCGGACGGGGGGAGCUCCGGCGAGGAGGACGCCGGCGGCUCGGCCGGAGAGAGCCGGUACCGGGCUGCAUGCCGGGCCUGCGGCGUAACCCCGGCCUCCAGCCUCCUGCGGCGCACAGUGGGCCCCGUGCUCAGCCUGCGGCACCGUGGCCUGGGCCCGCGGGGUGCCAAGGCUUUAGCUCUUUCCUUGAUGGUUGAUACCUCUAUCCUCAUGUUAGACCUAAGUGACAACUGGCUGCAGGGAGAAGGGGCGGCUGCAAUUGCAGAGAUGCUGAAAGAAAACUGCUACAUUUCAGCUGUUGAUUUAUCUGACAACAAAUUAGGCAUUGAAGGAGCUAAGGCCUUUUCUGCUAUGCUUCUGGAAAAUACUACAAUUGUGUCCCUCCAGCUCUCAGGAAAUGAAUUUGAUGAUCAUGCAGCGAAGUAUUUAGCGGAUGCCCUCACAGCAAACAGCAAAGUGGAAAUUCUGGAUUUGAGUUACAACAUGUUUGGUGACAAAGCAGGUGAAAUUUUUGGAACGGCAAUAGCAGAAAACAUUGGAUUAAAGGAACUUAAAAUCAGCUGGAACCAUUUCCAUAGCCAAGGGGCAGCUGCCUUGGCCAAAGGCUUGGGGGCAAACAUAUACCUCAAAGUGCUGGAUGUUUCCUACAAUGGCUUUGGCAACAGUGGAGCAACUGCCUUGGGGGAGGCUCUUAAAGCCAACAACGUGCUGGAAGAGCUAAACGUUAGCAACAACCGUAUUUCGGUGGAAGGAGCUCUGCACUUUUCAGGUGGCCUGAAAGGAAACAAGAGUCUGAAGAGACUUAAUAUGACCAGAAAUCCCAUGCAAAGCGAAGGCUGCUGUGGGGUCCUCAAAGCUCUACAAGCAAAUUCUGGCACUUGCAUAGAGAUCCUGGACUUGCCAGACAUCCCUGUGAACAAAGAGCUUGCAGAGCUGUGUGAUGCUGUGAAAAUACUCUUCCCAAAUCUUCUCCUCAGAUAUGGUGGAAACAUGAAGUUGCAGAGGAAAAGUCAGUUGAAGGCUGAGCUUCGGACUCAGCCCAAAGUGGUGGGUAAUUCCCAGAAUGCAGUGGCUUAACACGAGUCUCUUUGGGGCUGCUUCUUCAGCACCUCUGCCUAACACCCCAGUACCGCUCACCAAGCCCGUGACACAAGGAUGUGCCAGGGCAGGGCUAAGGCGGGAUCUGUGCAAAUACUGGCUACUUCAUCAUUGCUGACACUUGGAAGUUUUUCUGUCUUUUCACUUUAAGUUUUCUGCUACAACCAGCUCUGAGUCUCUUCCAGCACAUGCAAGAGCAUCUUCAUGGAUGAGAGUCCAGGGGCUUCUUUUUAAUCAUCAUCUUUGUGUGUAGGGCCAUUUGUAUGGUGGAAUAUCAUAUGCUGUAGCUGCUGCUGAUGCUUGGAUCCAUAGCCUGCUGCAGUGGGUUCUGUGCAGCCUGAGAGUGUGCUUAUUCUGCAGAAAGGAGAGUCCUAUCCAGAGAUGUGCUGUGAACAAAUGCUUUCUGCCUUAGGCUUGUUCUUCUGUUACACAGCCAGGAUUGCCUUUGCUGAAUUGGCUGUCAGAUGCAUGGGUGAUUCAUUUUCAGCUGCUUACUACCACAGUUCCUUAGCCUUACAAGGAGCCCAUGUUCUCCAGAGUAGAGCCCCUGUCCUGGGUCACGACUGGCAUUAUUUCCUGGAUGCAUGCUCUUGUUUUUGUCAGUCUUACGUAGGAUGGAUGCUACAAGUUGCCUGGAAAUAGGACAGGCACUCAGUGGUAGCUCAGCAAUGAGAACAGGACAUGGGCUAUAACUCUUUUCCCCUUCCUGGCGUGUUUUCUGUGGUCCUGGCGUAAUCCAGUGGAUCCUUGCUCCUUGAGGAGCUUUGGGCAGGAAUCGUGUCUGUGCUUUAAGCAGCCUGGCUUAACUCUCCCUAUCCUGGUCUCUGUGAAGAAGUGGUUUCUUGCAGCAGUUUCUUGCAGUUUGGGAGAGGGGCUGAGGCUGGUCACACAAGCAGCUCUGGACGUCUGGCUUGCGUGGAGGUGCAAGCAACUCUGCCCCACACUCAGAGGGCAGCAAACCCCAGCGGUGUUGCAGUGCUGCCUUAACCUAGCUGUGGCUAUACACAAAUAAUUGCCUUUCAUUCCCUGAAGGUUGGCAGACAUCAUUUGUAAAGUGCAUAUAGCAAUCUUGGCUUUAUCUGUGGCUCCAGCUAGGCAAGCCUGGUCUGUCCCCAGGCAUGUUGGCAUGCACUGGUUUUGAUUUCCUCUUUCACUGACACACCAACCGAUGAGGUCUGGGGACGUCCAGGCAGUGCUCUCCUGUAAGGUGGUGGUGACACCUCCCUGAGAAGGCAGCUUGCAAAGGUGGGGGCCAAAAUUCAAGACAGCUUCUGCCAGUCUUCUUCCAGCGUAGCUGGCUGGUGCCCUGUGUUUUGGCUUAUGCUUUUUUCCCUAUAUCAGAAGCAUUAUAAUCCCCUUGCUCACUUUUGUGUUUCAUUUAUCUAAUAAAAGUGCCUACCAGUGAAACUGUGCUUAGUGUUAGUUCUCAGCAGAAGAUGAGGUUUAGCCUCUUUAUUUGAAAAUAACUCUAUGCAGUUAUGAUUUACCUAAUGGAGUCUGUCCUGUAAAUGUGCAAAUUAUUUUACAGUUAUGUAUCUAAUAAAUAAUGUCUGUGCCUCGGA